CAUGACUUGGUGGAAAAAGAGAAGGUAGGAGAGUUUGAACCUGUGGGAAGUCAUGAUAUAUUGACUGAGUCGCUUGGAAAUCCUGAGCAUGGAGGUCGUGUGAGGGGAAUAGCAGGGACGGCAAAUCUCACAUCAUUCUUUAAAAGAAAGAGACGUCGCCAAAAUGAGACACUAAUACCGCUUAAACAAUUGGAAGAAUAUGCCAAGCGGGUGAGAGAUCAAACUAUUGCUGAAUUAGAAGUGAAGUGGGAGCAAAAAACAUAUGAGAUCCUGAAAUUUUGUGGAAUAACUCCACCUUCUAAUGUUGAGGUUCAGAUGACAGACAAUACCCCUCCUGUUCCACAAAGUAGCAGUGUCCAUUCUUUUGAUCCCAACCCAUUUGCAAAUACCACACGGGGCGAACUUCCCUGUGAGCUAUUAAUCCUUGACGCUCAGAAAGUGGCAAAAGCAACAUUAUGCAAACACCAAACUGGAGAGCUCGUUCAUGGUGCUCCGUUGCUCAAAGAUCAUUUCAAAGUAAAAAUACUGCAUGUAUAUGAUGGAGAGGAGAGUACACCUUUACCAGUGCCAUUCUUUGGACAUGAUUUUCUUGGAGAUGUAGAAGGAAGUUGGGCACAAUGGCCACAGAAACAAGUUCUUUUAUCAAAGGAGCAUUUUACCGAAUCACGUCAAAAGAAGAGGACACAAAUAGGUAAAAAAUCAGUUGAUGUUGGGUCAGUUAUUCAACCACUUUCCCAUGAGGAAGGGGAUGAAAAUAUUCCAUGCUUCAAAAUCAGCGCUGCCACUCUUGAAACAUUGCCACCUAGUUACAAGAAACUCUACGAAAUGCUUCAAUUUCAGAAUCGAGGCUUUUGUUUUGAUGUUGAGCUUGGCAAAGAUCUUUUUUCUUGUCCUGGUAACCAAAACUUGAAGACCUACAUAACUGCUGAUGACAUUGAGCAAUUUUUUAACAUGGGAUGGCUACAUACAUCGAUUAUUCAAAUUUGGAUAAGGUUUUUGCACUCUUAUUCCAAACUUGAUAAAAUCAAAGGUGAGAUCGGAUUUUUGUGUCCCUCAAAGCUUGCAAUGAUCAACACUCAUCCCUCUAAUCUUGCGGGUUACUUGACUCAUUCUCUUUCUCAAUCAAGUAUGAAAAAAUACAUAUUUGCUCCCCUUCAUCAAUGUCAUCAAUGGAUACUCGUUGUGAUAAUCAUUGAAAAAGGUGAGGCUUUUAUCUUCAAUUCGCUAGGAGUUGGCUUAAUGGGACUCGGAUUUGAAGAUUUGCAAAUCAAAGGUCAUAUAUCUUUGGCAUAUCGAACCCUGAACUUAAAAAAAGGAUCUAGAAGCUGUCUAAAGUGGUCUGAAGUUAAAAGUCCGCAGCAAUCACACAAAGAUGAGUCUGGCUAUUACGUGAUGAGAUAUAUGUAUGAUAUCUCUCUUGGAUUGCUAGGAAAGAAACCUACACAAAAGGUCAUGCGGAUGUCAUAUGUACGUAAGUAAAUGUAGAUCGCCCUUGAGCAGUGUGAAUUGAGAAUAAGAAACUUCCGAUCAGAAUAUUAUUUUUCUUGCGGCGCCGUGUCGGAAGGGUGCCAUAGACGCUGACAUUGGUUGAUAUUCUAAAUACGAUAAUACUUCAUACUCAGAGCCCGUUUGGUAGCACCAAAAUCGGCUGUUUUGGCUGAUUCUGCUGAAAUUUAUGAUAUUCUGGCUGGAGUGGCUGUUUUGGCUGAUUCUGCUGAUUUAAGAAAAAAAUAUUUUAAAAAUAUAUUUUAUUAAUAAAUUAAAGAAAAAAUUAUAUGUAAAAAUAGCUAAAAUGAUCCUCUACAGUAACUUCAGCCAAUACAGCCAGAAAAGUAACUCCAACCUUACUUUUUCGGCUUAUUACACAAUUCAGCGCGCGAAAGUAAAAGUUACGUGUUUGGUGAAAAAGCUGGCUGAUAAGCCUGAUAAGCCGAAAACAGAGUUCUCC